CUUUGAGACCCAAUUUAUAUCCAAAGGUAGAUCCCUUCCAUCGGUAUGUGGUCUGAACUGAGCCUGGUUAUUAUUACCGCUCUGGAGAGGACUUUAUCCCGCAAACUUCCCGCAGGCUUGAUCGAUCAAAAUCAAUUGGGAAGGAAAAUGCCAAUUAUUUGGUUUCUUCGAAACAUAAGUGAGCUGGACUCAACUCAAAACGAAGCAAGAAUAGAAAGUCUAAAUAAGAUGAAAAGUAAAUAAGAAGAAGGCCAAACCACUGAUGAGGGUCAGCACAGUUGAUGUUGAUAUUUACCCUCCAGAUGUUUUACACUCGAAGGAGGACUAUUACGGUAGGAGGGACCUUGAGUAUCAGUAUUGAUACUCUAAAAAGCCUAGUUUGGACCUAAGAAAGCCUUAUUCAUAUAAUCUAGUUGCUUAUAGAGCUCCUAGAACACCUGAGAAGGCUUUCCAAACCACACAUGGAGACUCAUUUGAAAGUAGCAUCUUGACAAAUAUGCACAGCCAAUCUAGGAACAACAUCUUGAUUCAGGAUAGAGGAAGAGAUAUGAAGGAUAAAUGUAUAUCAAAGACUCUUUAUUGCAUCAAAUGCUCGAAUAAACUUUGUGAAAUCACUUCUAUAGAUAAUUUGUAUUACAAGAAUUACAAGUUGAUCAAGAAGGGUGUCCUAGCAGCCAUUAUGACCUCAUUGAAGUCUACCGACAAUAUUUCGGUUAAAAUGAGCACUUUGAAUAAAUGAAUUUAUGACCAAAAUAUGAAACUUAGAGAUAAGAAUAGUAUAUUUCAUCCUGUUUGCUGAAUAUUUUGAUCCUUCGAGAUUGGCAAGUUUUACCUCACAACAAACAAAAAGUUGAAAUAAGUACGCCAACAAGGUCUGAAUCAUCAAAUCUGCAGUGAAAAUCCCGGUUAGUAAAAGAUGCCCAAAAGAUAGAAAAGAGAAAUCUGCAGAUGUUCCAGACAAUACCUUUGCUUCUAAGGGACACAAACGGGUCUUCUCAUUCUCAGGUGAAGAGGAAAGAGAGAGAACUUGUCAUACUCUUGGCAACGAGAACAACCAUUCUGAGAGGAUUAAGAGAUAUCAGCCCAAGAUUGAGUCCUUCAGAAAUUAUUCAGUUGAAGAUUUUAACUAUUUAAAGAACUCCAGGAAUAGCAUCAAUCAUAAUUUUGAUGUCUCCCAAACAAGUAAUAGUGCCAGAAGAUACCAAUUAAGAACUUCUAGGAAGGAUUCUAUGGCGAAUUAUGGAGAGUCUAGAGAAAAUGCCUCCCAACAUAGCUUGAAUACUUUGAAAAAUAGUGGAGGAAUGAGUGAGGCUUCACUAAAGAAAAUGUACUUCAGGUUCCCUCCGAAUUCCCAUGCUGAUCCUUCUACAUUCACAUCAAGCUUGGAGAAUCCUUUGAGAGGAGCUAAGAGCUACCAAAAUAUCCGCUUGCCUAAUGGUCCUAAGAAGAUUUUCAAGAAAGCUCUUAGAAGAGAUAACCUCAGAAGGAGAGUUUUCCCUUCCUGUGAAAGGGAGACUUUUGACAAAGACAGACAGGAGACCACUAAGCUAUCGAUGGACGAUUCAGAUAUCUUCGGCACUUCUCAGCCAUCAGAGACUAGUGAUGAUAUAUAAGUGGAUUAAUUUUCAGCUUCUUUAUAA